CAUGCGCAGCGACCACGGAGCCCUCGGGGGCUUGCUGCAUGUGGCUAUGCGUUUCCUUUCAGACUCUAAAACCGAGUGGUGUCUGUGUCCCUUCUUGUGCUGUCAUGUGUGCGCACCUUUUCCUUGUAGCCACCUGGACCAGAUGACAGCAAUUUUAGACAGGAAUCUCUCUAGUCUUCACUGACCGUUCAUUUUCUUAGCGUCGUGUGAUCGCGCCUCGCUGCUGCGUGGGUAUGGUCAUUGCUGUUUAUCGCUGCCAGUCUCUCGUAGAACGAAAUCCGUUCGUCUUUGUUGCGGUCCAUUGAGAAUCCCUCGGGACAGUCGGUCGCCACCGCGGACAUGCCCGGAUCACUUCGGCUGGCCGUUGUGUGCUCCAGCAACCAAAACCGAAGCAUGGAAGCUCACGCAUUCUUGAGCAAGAAGGGCUUCAAAGUACGGUCAUUUGGGUCGGGUGCCCAGGUUAAGCUGCCUGGGUCAGCACCGGACAAGCCCAAUGUGUAUGACUUUGGCGUGACCUAUGAGCAGAUGUACCAGGACCUAAUGGAAAAGGACAAGGCCCUGUACACGCAGAAUGGCAUCUUGCACAUGCUGGAUCGGAACCGGCGGAUCAAGCCCACCCCGGAACGCUUUCAGAGCUGCUACGACAAGUUUGAUGUCAUCUUCACUGUGGAGGAGCGAGUCUACGACCAGGUUGUCGAGGAGCUGUCCAGCCGGCUACCUUGCGACAACUCUCCAGUGCACAUAAUCAACCUCGACAUCCAGGAUAACCACGAGGAAGCCACGAUUGGUGCAUUCCUCAUCUGCGAGAUGGCUCAGAUGAUGAGUGAUUCGGAGGAUCUGGACAAUGACAUUGACGAACUGAUCCAGGAGUUUGAAGCUAAGGCGCAGAGACCCAUCCUGCACACUGUCCAGUUCUACUGAGCCAGCCCUGCACCAGACUCACUUUAAACAACCAUCCUGACACUGCAGUGGUCUAGUGUGCCAGCUUGCAGCAAAGGUUCCUAGCUUGUGCACUGCAAGAGCGGCGCAAAAGUGGGAGGUGUCAGUGAAAGGAACGAAGCAGCUUAGACUGUCCAGUUCACCUGGUGGCGUUUCGUGUCAUCCUAUGAUGAGGCUGUCAAAGGAGGAGUGCACAACAUGCGCACUUUAAAACAACCCUUAACUGACUACUGUGUUUUUGUUUCUGUAUUAGAAAACAUAUCAUUUAUAUUUGUGUGCACACUACGUAUACCGAUUUAAAAAAAGAAGAGAGAAUUUGCCCUUUCUGGCAGAUUUUUGUUUGUUUGUAAAUGCUGGGCUGCAGCAAAUACUGUGAAACCUAAACCCUGUUGCAUGCUGUAGCGUACAGUAAUCCCAAGUUCUUGCAGAGCUCGUGAUUGGCAGGGUUAGUCAUAACAGCAUGGCAUUUCAGAGAUGCAGAAACAAGGCACUGCAGUUCAUCCGAGAAUAUGUGGAGGAACAUGUGUGUUACUACUACAUGAAGGCUAGCACAUAUAAGGUGUAACCCAUCAGGAAAGCAGGUCUGUGUUGUUUGCACUAGGACACAUACAGCUGGAUUCCAAGAACUUGGGCUUUUUUCAGAGUGAACAAAGUCAUGCGGGUCAAAGUUGGUGGAUGUGUUUUUUGUGCCCUUUGCUUUCUUUCCUACUUUCUCCAGAAACUUCACAAAAAAGGCAACAGAGGUGUGUGUUGGUCAUAUGCUAGUUUCCUUUGGUUGACAUUUAACAUGUGAAGCAAAGAGCCCCAUAAGUCACAACGGCAGAUGUUUCUAAUUGUGAACUGUAACAAAACCUGUUAAUAAAAAGUCAUUGGCUA